CAGCUGAAUUAUGCUUUAAGUGAGUCAUUAAAAUACCAUUAAAGAAGUAGAGACUUGUGAGAAUUGUAGGCUAGUGGGGUUUUGGCACAUUGUUGGCCACAUGAGUUCAAGUUCGACUGAUGCCUUUUUUCAAUCAUUAAUUGUCAUUUUUAUUACUUUAUAAAAUGUGGCAAAAUAUUACAUUUAUUUUUAUAUAUUUAAAAACACAAUAAUUCCCUGCCCAAACAUAAUAAAAAAUGUAAUGGAUUUAAUUGUUAUAAGGGGAAUUGUAUAAGUAUGGAAGGUAUUAUGAUGUGAUGGAUUCUAUUGGUGAGCUGUUAUCUGGCAGAUAGGAACCAGUAGAACAUGAUUAAAUCUUUUUGGAAUAAUACCAAAAACACACUUCAAAAAGUUUUUUAUAAUGGGUUUAAUGGAAAAGCUAAUGGUUCAUAAUGGUAUUUUAAUGGAAACCAUUAGAAUUUCUGUGAUGCUUUCUAUUGUUUUUUUAUUAGGAUUGCCAGACCCCCAGGGGGCCACUGACCUCCUGCUUGACAUAAUAUAAAAAAAGACAACAGGAUGGUUGCAGUAUAAUGUGCCUUUCAGAAUCGGUUGUAGAGGCAAUUGUGUGUUUGGAUAUGUGUGCUAAUGUGGAUACUAUUAACUUUUUUCAGACAUUUCAGCUGAUUGGCUCAAUAAACGUUUUUGUAAGAUCCUCCACAUCUAAAGUGGAGCAACAGCAUCUGCCAUAGAGCAGCUGGGAGUGAGUGGCACUACAGAGACUUAUGUUGUUUCCUCUCCUAAACACAGUAAUCCUGUUUUGAAGAGGUAUAUUUGAAGGAGAGAUUCUCAAGGGUCUGAAUGUGCAUGGGAUUUUUUUAGUGGUUUUGUUAUCGAUCUAGGACAUUUGAGGUGUUACAACACUGCGCUGAGUAGUGCUGCGGGGGGCCAGGUCUUAUGAAAACAAGCCCGCAAUAAUCAACCUGGGCCCAUUUCGUGAUUCAGGAGAAUUGCUAAAUUUGUAUUGAUUUUAUUAUCCUGCUUAGUGUAGCAUUAUAAAGAAACAAGCCACAAGGAAUUAGAUUUUAAAACAGGUUGGGUGAUAUGCUCAAAACAAAGUGGGCAACUUCGCCAACACACAGAGUCAAUAAUUGCUCUUAUGCAAUGACAGAAGAGUGAUAAAAGACACCAAUGUGCCAAAAAACCCACCAAUAUAAUUAAUAAUUACAAUGAAAGAUUAUUGUUACGUUAGGUGUUUAAGUUGCUUAGCUUAGAUUAGUGUGAAACUGGUGUUGUGUAUGAGAGAAUGGAAGAAUAUUUACCAAUAUUUACCAAUACUUACCAACUAUUAGAUCCUUAGAUGAAAAUAAUAAAAAUAUCAAGUAGUUAAUGUGGAAAGGGCAAAACACAAGAUGAAAGAGGAAACAAACUAUGAUGAUUGAUGAAGUAAUAUAUUUGGGGCAACUCUCCAACAGCAGGUGGGGAUAUUUGACAGCUUCCAUUAGGGGUCAGACACUCUUUAUCGUGCUACGGAGGCCAAAAGCGAGGAGUAAAAUGUCCCACAAAUCUGUGACUGCUCAAAUUUAUGAAACAACUCAUGAACAAACAAGCCCCAAGUCGAUUACGAUACUCAGGCAUGGCUCUGUGUGCAGAAGAAGCUCUUCAUUGUAAUAACUGUGUGUGUUUUGCAUAAGGACAAGUGGGACACGAGGGCUACUGUAGGUGGAAGCCUGUGAAUGAGAAUCAGCUUCUUGCUGUGCGGUACCGAAGGGAGAGCGUCUGUUCCUAUAGCGACCAGCGGCGCUUUCCAGAUGGGAGCUGCCGACUAACUGAUUGAGUGAUUGUGUCUCUAGAGAUGAUGCCGUUGCCGUUGGUGCCACUCUCCCUGUCGCCAUGACGAUGCCGCUCAGCCCCCUCUCCAGCGACGACGAGCACCAAAGGAUGCUGGGAAACAGUCAACACCUAUAUCCAGGGGCAGAAGAAGAAGAGGAAGAGGAGGAGGAGGAAGAGGAAAUGGAUGAUGGCAUAGAUGAGGAAGGAGAGGAGGAGAACGGAGAAGUGGAGUUGGAUGACGAAGAGGAAGCGGAUGAUGAUGAUGACAUCAGGCGUUUGAGGGGUGGCAGGGAAGAGGGGCACAGGCAAAAAGGCACAAUGGCUGGACGAACCUCAGGAGACAGACAGAUGCGGCCCGGGAACCCGGGCCACGCCGCCAACCCUUAUUCCUCCAACCCUGGACCCACUCACCAACAGACAGGUACUCAGCAGCAGCAGCAGCAGCAACAACAACAGCAGCGUAAGCUGAGGGAACGGAGUUCUAGCAACCCACCUGAAGAUGCACAUAUAGCUAUGAUGGUGUUUCGCAUUGGCAUUCCUGAUAUCAAACAAACGAAAUGUCUGCGGUUUAACCCGGAUGCAAUAGUGUGGAAGGCAAAGCAGCAGGUGCUGUGUAGUCUGACCGAAUCUCUACGAGACGUUUUGAACUACGGCCUUUUCCAACCUGCAACUGAUGGUCAUGAUGCCAAGUUUUUGGAGGAGGAGAGGCCGCUGAGAGAAUACCCCCAAUCCUUUGAGAAAGGAGUACCCUACCUGGAGUUCCGCUACAAAACCAGGGUGUACAAACAGACAAAUCUAGACGAGAAACAGCUGGCCAAACUCCACACGAAGGCUAGUCUAAAGAAGUUCAUGGACUACAUCCAGACUGGCGCUGUGGAAAAGGUAUCCAAACUUAUAGACAAAGGGCUUGACCCCAACUACCACGACCCUGAUACAGGAGAGACCCCACUCACUUUGGCAGUACAGACAGAGCCGGGUGGAAAUGAAGGCAUCAGAGUUCUGGUGAUGGGGGGAGCUCACAUUGACUUCAGGGCAAAGGAUGGCCUGACACCUCUCCACAAGGCCGUCAGAACACACCGACACACUGCCCUACUGACACUGUUGUCUUUGGGCGCUUCUCCUGAUUAUAAAGACCGUCGUGGGCUGACUCCACUGUACCACACUGUGCUGAUUGGAGGCGACACCUCCUGUUGUGAGACCCUCCUGUACCACAGAGCCAAGCUGGGGCUCCGUGAUGAGAAUGGCUGGGAUGAGACCCAUCAGGCUUGUCAAAAUGGAAACUCACAACACUUAGAGCACCUGCUUUUUUAUGGUGCGGACUCUUCUUCCCAGAAUGCCUCAGGAAACACUGCCCUGCACAUAUGUGCUUUAUAUAAUAAGGAUAGCUGUGCUCGCAUUCUGCUGUAUCGAGGAGCCAGUAAGGACACAAAGAACAACAGUGGGCAGACCCCCUUUCAGGUGGCUGUGGUGUCUGGCCAUUUUGAGCUGGGAGAAAUCAUUAAGAACCAUCGUGAAUCAGACGUAGUUCCCUUUCUGGAGUCUCCAAAGUACGCCCCCCAGAGGAGGGAGAGUGGCCGAACUCUUGGGUUGCCCCAUCCUCACCCAUUCCUGCGGGCCAACAGUGAUAACAGCAUGAAUGUACCAGACUGGAUUGCUUUUCCCAACGCACCCGGAUCAAACAUUGUGUCUGUGCAGGGUCAGAAGCACGGCGGCACUUUGCGCAGUUCCAGCAGUCCCCGCGGUGCCCGAACCCGUUCCCCGUCCCGAGGCCGAACAGGAGACAGAGAUGAACGAAGCAGACAAACACGUGGCAGGCAAGGGGCGGGCUCCAUCAGUAGUCAGGGCACAGCGACCGGGCAGCGGCGACGUCUCUAUAGCGCCGUACCUGGGCGCGUGUUUGUGGCCACCCGCUCGCAUUCUGCCCAGGGGGACCGUGAGAUCAGCCUUAACAAGGGAGACAAAGUCAAAGUGCUGAGUGUAGGUGAAGGAGGCUACUGGGAGGGGACGGUUCGAGGACGCACCGGCUGGUUCCCUUCUGACUGUGUAGAGGAGGUUGCACUUCGCAGCCUGGACAAUCGCUCGGAAAGCCGCAGUGAGCGAGCCAAGCGACUCUUUCGGCAUUAUACCGUUGGAUCUUACGACAGCUUUGAUGCGCCCAGUGACUAUAUAAUCAAGGAGAAAACGGUCCUCCUGCAGAAAAAAGACAAUGAGGGGUUUGGCUUUGUGCUGAGAGGAGCCAAGGCUCAGACCCCUAUUGAAGAGUUUACUCCCACCCCAGCCUUUCCGGCACUGCAGUACCUUGAGUCUGUUGACGAGGGAGGCGUGGCUUGGAGAGCUGGUCUACGAAUGGGAGACUUCCUUAUUGAGGUGAAUGGCCAGAAUGUGGUUAAGGUGGGACACAGGCAGGUGGUCAACAUGAUCAGACAAGGCGGCAACAGUCUCAUGGUCAAGGUUGUCAUGGUUACCCGGAAUCCUGAUUUGGAGGAAGGGGUCAGAAAGAAAAUUCCACAGCAGAGCAAGAGACUGAGCACACCCGCUAUCGCCUUGCGCUCCAAAUCCAUGACAUCAGAAUUGGAAGAGAUGGCCUCUGGUCCAUGGAAAAAGAAAUCAGAGUUCGAGUCUUCACAAGCUACUGAGAAGAAAAGGACUGUUUAUCAGAUGGCUUUGAAUAAACUGGAUGAGAUUUUAGCUGCAGCACAGCAAACCAUCAGUACCAAUGAGGCUCCAGGUCCCCGUGUUCAGGGGAUAAAAAGAGAACGGGGCAGAGGCUUUUAUAAUGAGCCAAGUUUUGACCAGUCCGGAAUGGGAAUGACUUCAUCUGGGGCAGGGCUAGGCUACGACCGUGGUCAGUUUGUGUCUGGCCACGGCCCCCCGCACGGUAUGCUGCGACAGAAGUCCAUCGGGGUUCCAGAGGAGGAGAAGCAGCAUCUUCAUCCUCCAGCCAUGAAGUUUGCACGGAGUCUUUCAGUGCCCGGCCCAGAUGAUAUCCCUCCUCCACCUACUACAGCUCCCCCUGAGCCCCCAUUCUCCUCAGCACCCCCUCUUGGCUUUCGGGGCAAGACACCCCAACAGCCUUCUGUUUCUGUGUCCCAAUCCACUUCCUCUUCUGCACAUUAUCAGCUCUACUCGCAGUCAAUACAUGUCACCCAUGGAGCCAGAGAUAGGUCCCCUGGGCCACCAACUGGAUCUGGAACAGGGGACCAACCUCUUCCUUACUCUCAUGCUCAAGCUCACUCGUCUGUACCUAGCAGAACUGCCUCCAGGAAGGUGAUUGGGUACACAGGGGACCUUGCAGGAGCUGGAGGAGCAGCAGGGGCCAAGGCAGCAGCAUUGAGAAGGGGCUACAGCAAUGCAGUGCCACCCAGCAGUGUCGCUACAGUAAUUCCCCAGCAGCAGCAGACCCAGCAGACUACACAAAGCCAACCCUCCAGGUUGGACCGCAAUGCCGUUGGGGCAGGGGGUGUACCAAAAGGUGGUGGACGGAAAGGGAAGGGACCCUUGGUAAAGCAAUCAAAAGUGGAGGAUCUGCGUGGAGGCCAGGGCACGCUGGAAGGAAAGGGAUCAGUGGAGAAGAGCUCCAUUCCUAUUCCCACCAUCAUUGUUAAAGCUCCAUCUACCAGCAGUAGUGGUCGCAGUAGCCAAGGCAGCAGUGUGGAGGCUGAACCACCUCCCCCAGAAGAAAGUGACAGUUCAAAACCCCAACCAGUUGUUCCCCCACCUGCACCUUCUGUUCCACCGCCAGCGCCUCCCUCUAUGCCUGCUCCUCCACCUCCAUCAGCCUCAUCACUUCGUACUCAAGAGAGUUUGGACUAUACCAGCCAGUUUGGUGCUGCCAUAGUAGGGGCAGCACGCAGGGAUCGUGAACGAUUUCAUGAAGCACGAAGGAAGAGUGCCUCAUUUUUUCUCUCUGCUGAGGAAGAGUUAGGUGGAGUAGGAGGAGUCGGAGGACGAACCCAGACGUCUCAACAGCAGCUAAGCACUCAGCCUUCACCUCGCCUGCGACCAUCCAAAUCAAUAGAUGAGGGCAUGUUCUCAGGUGAUACCUUUAUCCACCACACACGCAGUAUGCCUCCUGCUUUUGGUUUGCCUGAGUACUCCUCACCUGCUCCUCCUGGGGACUACCAGCCUCAGUCUGUGCCUGCUGACUUCUAUGGAGCAGGAGGCCGACAACAACAGCAGCAGCAGCAGCAACCUUCCACCACAACCUUUAUUCACCCGCUAACAGGGAAAGUUCUAGACCCUUCAUCCCCACUAGGCUUAGCGUUAGCGGCACGGGAACGUGCCUUGAAAGAUGACGGACGCAUGCGCCGGGAAAGGACCUCAGAACACCACUUUACCCGUCAGUUGUCCAGCAUUGGAGCCUUUCCCUCAUCCACUGCGCAACCCACUUCACAUCUCUCCUACUCCAUGGCCUCGUCUUCCUCUGCCAUCUCCUCUGCUGCCCAGUCCGCCAGCUCCUCAUCUUACCUUGUUACCUCAUCCUCACUAGCUGCUACCACCACAUCUACUCGGCCUCCAUCACCCAGAAUCCUGCGUGGAGCAGGGAGCAGUUGGGGUGAGGAAACAAGGGUGGGAGAUCGUACGGAAAGGGAGGCCGCUGGUGCCUCUGCUCCCAGAGAAGGUCUAAGGGUUCGAUUCUCUGAAGAUAAAACCGUUCACACACACCACUACCAAUCUCAGCACUACCAGCCCACCUACAAGGAACGUGAAAGAGAGCGUCAGAGAGAGAGAUCAAGAGAAAGGGAGAUGGAGAAAGCGCAGACCCAGUUACAACAGCAGUCAGUUCAGCCAUCGACUCAGCAGCCUCGGCGCCCGUCAUUUUUGAGGAUGGAAAGUGAGGCUGGGUCAUACAUCCUUUCCCUAACACCUCCAUCUCCACCUCCAACAGUGGCCCCUACACGUCCUUCAGCUGGAGGAGGAGGUGGAAGUGGUUCAGGUUUGAUGGUUCUCCCUCCCCCAGCUCCCUCAGUGGAUGCCGAUGAUGAGUUUGUGUUUGCUGAGCCUCUUCCUCCACCGUUAGAGUUUGCCAACAGUUUUGAUCGUGGUUUGGGUUACCAUAGUAUGGUGUAUAACAAUCUGUCAGCCCGUCAACAGCGUCACCCAGCUCCUCCCCCACCACCUCCCCCGCCACCUCCUCCACCUCCAAAAGACUCCUUUAUGGCAGGGUUCCCCCCUCACACACCUCUGCCUUCACCCCAGGCAGGGGAUUCCACAACUUCAAGUCUAACUUCCUAUGACAGUGAGGUUGCCAACCUGACCCAGUCUGCCCCGUCUCCUUCACCAUCAUCCCCAAAUCCUCUCCCGCCUCCAUCUCCCUCCACGUUGCAACCUGCUGCACUUCCUCCACCUCCCUCUGUAUCACCUCCACCCCCACCCACAUCCUUCCACAGACCAUUUGGUCUAUCCCAUUCACAACAUCUUUAUAACAAUACACACCCGCCAGAGCGUUCCUCUCCAACGCCACCUCCCCAUUCUAUCCCAGCUCCACUUGCCUACCGGGGGCCCCCAGUAUCCACCCCUGCAACCUCUGUCUCUCUAAGAGGCUCCUCAACUGUGACCGCAAGCUGUUCCUCAACUGCUUCUACAACUGUUUCCGCUAUGACUAGUACGGCUGCCAUUGUCACCCCGCACACACGCAUGGCAACCGUCUCCACAGUAGCUACAGGAAGUAGCAGGCGGCCCAGUGCAGAGCAUCAUCCACCGCCCAGUGUAGCUGCAGCCAAGACCAGUGAGUCCCAGGAGACAGUAGUGGAUUCUGGCAUUGAAGAGUUGGACAGUCGAAGCAGCAGUGACCAUCACUUAGAUAGUAUUCUAGCACUAAGUGGGAGUGGGGUCAGAGAGAGGUUGGAGAGAGCAGGGUUGGGGAGCUUAGGUGGAAGUGGGGGCACAACCGAGUCUGACAGAACGAGUGGAGCAGACUUUUUAGAAUCUUACAUGAGCUACCUUGAUGGACAGACUUUUGAAAUGCACAAUGCCAAAGCCGCCAGCACUGCAUCCACCUACCCGAAAACACAGAGGUACAGAGAAGGCAGCCGGGCCGGAGAUCUACGACGGCAAACCAGCACAGCACCCCCUGCAUACCACAGACGUAGGGAGGAGGAAGAGGAGGAGGAUGAGGCACAAGAGGCAGAGGAGGAGUACAUUAAUGCCCGAGAUAGCUAUGGGAUGGGGGAAGGGCCAGGGAUCGCUCGUUCCUCUGUAAUGUACUUUGAUCGACCCCGCACUCCAGAGAUGAAACCUCUUUGGGGUGAAGGGUCGACCGGGGCUGUGCAGUCUGUGGGAGAGGGAACGGGCCAGGCUGGAGGGACUUACAUGGAAGCACGUAAGCUGCAUCCUCCCAUGUCCAGUAUGAAGGCCAGCAUCAUCAAUGAGCUAAACUCCAAAUUACAUCAGAGGAGCAAAGGAACAGAGAGCUGGGGAGCUCAGAAGUCAUUGAGCAGACAUAGGUUCUCGGAGGACUCCACAGGUGCAUUGAGUCCUCCUUCUGUCCGAUCUUCCUCCCCAUCUCCUGUUCAGCUCUCUCAGCCUGCCUUGUCUCCCUCCCCGACCCCUUCCUGCCAGCCAAUCUACCCGAACUGGGCUCGAUCUCCUUCUCCUCAGCCCCCUGGUAGCUCAUCCCAGCCUCCUCCCCGAUCCCACUCACCCGUUUCUCCCUCUUCGUAUUCCCCAUAUCCCACCUCACCCAAACAUCGUCCCGUGUACCGCACCAAAGCCCUAGAGUUCCAGUUUAUCCCCAGCCGCGAGUCCCGUAAAGCCGAGUCCCAUCACGCUCAACGCAGACGAGCACCCAGUCCCCUUAUUUCUCCUUCUGACCGUCCCAAGCUUGGCCCUCCCCGUCCCUCAUCGCUUCCCAUUCUCCCCACCACUCCCCUCUAUAGCAGCCUUUACGAUCUUCGUGGUUCCAUCACUCCACCCUCGCCUGCAAAUCCCCUCGGGGACCCCUACUUCUCCCCGUCUCCUCCUCUCUUUGCCACCUCAGGUGCUCCGCCGCCACCAAAUGCCUCUCUGGUUGUCUCUCGCUCCCUUUCCCCCACCCACUUCCUGUCAGGGACUUCCUCCCCGCCUCUCCAUCACAUUCCUCCACCCACUUGCCUGAGUUACCCCCACCUCCCUCCCCCUUCACCCACCAAGCCCUUUGCCUCUAAACCACUUCCAUACUGGACCAAGUACGACGUGGCUGAUUGGCUGGGUUAUCUGAACCUGGGUGAGCACAGGGAGCGUUUUCUGGACAACGAGAUAGAUGGCACACACCUGCCCUCUCUUACCAAGGAGGACUACCUGGACCUGGGUGUGACCAGGGUUGGCCAUCGCAUGAACAUAGAGAGAGCACUGAGGAGAGUGAUGGACAGGCUGUCUUCUAGCCCUUUCCCCGUUCCCGCCCUCUCCCCUCGAGAUGAACGGACAGACAGAAGGAGAGAUGAGGCCAACCGGAGCCGAGAGGACAGGUGAGGUGACAACAACCGCUGCCAUCCGAGAUUAUUCCCUGAAUGGAAGACAACACAAGAAGAGGGAACUUCGAUAUCAACCUGCUGACUCAGAGACGAUGAAGCAGGAGAGAGAUGGGGAAAAAGCGAGAGAGUUGAAGGCCUGAACUGUGAACAUGCCUGCGUUUACAUGUGCAAUUUAGUCAACUUAAACAUAAACACCCACAUACAUAUCCAUACAUACAAACAGAAAAUCAUUAGAGCUCACAGGCAUUCACAAUAGAAAUUAGUGAAUGAAUGACUCCACGAAGUGAUUUGAUGUAGUACAUAACUGAGCCAAAUAAUUUUGAGGGAAACAAUCAAAACACUCUUUAGCUUUUCUGUGGUUCUUUAGAGAUAGGGAGAAAGAGAGAUAUUUAGCCCAGAUUUGCUGUCUUUCUCUUUUUCUCAGAGUUUGAACCGAGUCUGUAUUACUGACUAUAACUUUUACUAUUGGUCUUUUAGUACAGGUUCACUGAAGACUGACGCAGAGAGGGCAAGUAGUGAAAAACCUCUUGUCCUGGCAUGACUAGUCCUUAAUAUAGAGCUCAAUUUAACAACAGGCACUUAUUUGGUAAGAGUGUGUUUAUGUGUGGGUUCCUGUUGCGUGUGUGUGUGUGCGCGUGUUCACAUGAUAAUGUGAAAGGUUGUCAUUAGAGGCAUGACCAUGAUUUGUUACGUGUUUUUACCUCACCAAUGGAGGGAUUCUAUUUUGUCGAGCCAGAUUGGGGCUGGCGUUGAUCUUGUAUUUCACUACAACUUUAUCUUCUCAUGUCUUAUAAUGGAAUAAUAUAAAUAUAUAUAAAUAUAUCUAUACAGACUGGUCACUGUAUUACAAACCCGUAGCAAAAAUAAGUGCCCAGGCCAACAGAACACAAGCUCUUUACCACACACACAGACACACACGUGCACAGAACAUCCUCACUACUACUGAUUCUGACAAAUACAUUGAAUUACACAUACAUUUUAUUUCUAUGAAAACAAUGGGACACAGUAAAAGAUCUAUCUAUGGAUUCAAGAUGAUGUUAAAACGCAAAAAAUAUUUUGAAAAAGAAAGAUGAAACAACAUUGUAAAAAGUAUAUAUAUAUGCAUAUAUAUAUAUAUACUGAAAGUUUAUCAACGUUUUUAUCACAGACUCUCAAUAAAGAGGCGACUGCAACUUCAACAAAUUUAUCGGCUAUAUUGAGGCUCCAUUUUAGAAGAGGAGACAUGGAGGAGAGGGAGAGGGAAAACCAAACUGCCUGUAUUUCUCUUUUCAAGUCACUCUCGCUCUCUCCUUCCAAACAACACUCUUUUUCUAUGGAGGCAAGGCAAGAUGAACAUGCACUCUGAUGUGGUCGAGGGGUAUGUGCUAAUACCUGUUUUAAUACGACGAUUGUUCCUAUAACAAUUUUUAAAACUGGAAAUGGGUCUGAAAUUCUGUUGCUGAUUUAACAAGAGACAAUGUUAUUUAUUGCAGUCACUGUUCUCAUCGUCCUUGCUGUCAUCGCUGUUGACUGAGCUGCAGUCAGAAACUGCUGGGUGUUUAUGCUUGACAACUUUUGUGACCACAUGCAAUGUGCUCAGAUCUUCUGUACAUGUAGGAUUUAACUUAGAAAAAAGGAUUUCAUAUCUAAUGACGUUCCCAUGCCCUUUCCUACAUUAUCAUACGGAAUAUUGUAACUUCAUUUUGUAUGCAAGGACUAUCUCUGAUUUGAUCAUAGAGCUUGUUUGUGACAGGACACUCCCUUUACAUUCAUAUUCAUUUACACAAACUUACAAUUGAAUCCGGUGACCUCCAGCCCACAUUGCAAAUAGAUGCUCAAUCAAUUAAAAGGGCUCCCCAUUACAUUGCACUUUCUCUUAUGAAUAAUUCCUUUAAUUGUUUCAUAUUUGCAGGCAUUUUCAGUCCAUGCAACCACCUUCAUAUUUUGAGGCUUAUCAGUUAAGAUUUCACCCCUCCAUCAUGCCCUGCUCAUUUUGCAUUUGUUCAUCCUUGCAUCAUCAUCAUCAGAUUACUCGCUUUACUUUAGUCACUUAUAUUGGACAUAAAGAUCGAAGAAAUAAUUGUAUUUUUGAUGUUUAAGCUGGUAAGUAUAGUAAUGUUGAUAACAGUAAGGACAAUGGAUAAGUUACAAUUCUAACGGUCUGAGAUGGAAAAAAUAUUCAGUUUUAACGAAUCUCUGUCUUCCAAACAUUGUUUAUUGUGUAAUCAAAUCAUGCUUUCUACACAUCCUGAUUUUCACCUUUCUUCAAAUUCAUCGAGCAAAUUGCUGGUCUAUGGUCUCCAGAAAAACAGACCCCCAGUUUUGUAAUGACCGCUAGAUGGAGGUAGCGUCACAUUUUUUUGUCAUCCCAUCUCAGACAAUGGAAGAAUGUCUUUAAUGGUUUGAAAAAGGAAUAUUGUCUUUAAGCCUCAAGCUCCACAGAGCUGAACUUUUCAAGGUUUAAUGCUUAUGAGCUUCAAAUCGCAGUAAUCUUCAAACACGCCUUCACACACUGCAGGGUUAAACACAAUCAUGCUAGUUACAUACAUAUCGAAGAUCACAGAGCCAUUAAUGGGUCUGGACAAAAUGACCCAGAAGAAGGUCACCUAACAAUUGAUGCAGUGACCGUCCAGGGUGUGCAGAAAGAAUCUCUUUUAAAUUCAAGAAAAUUAUGAACAGAUAAGAGGUUAUUUACAGAAUAUAUGUAAAUGAAAUAUUCAUAUACACAAAUAAAAUACAAAUGUUUUAAGAAAUGAAUAAAGGUUAUUAGAAUUAUAAUAAAUGAUGCAGGAAUUA